AUGCCACCCCUAAUAUUACAUAAUGUUCCAGAUGAGGAGUUGUAUGUAGGGGAGGAUGGCAUACAAAGACCGUAUGCUAUGCUGUUCCCUGGCAACGAGAGUCCCUCAGUUUCAAGAGUUCGAAGAGCGGUAGCAGAGACGGGAUCUUUCGGAAAAUCAACAAGGAGAUCUAGAUCUAGGACAGGCACACCGGCUGCACGAAGGGAGGAUCCAACGUUAGAAGCUGCCGGCGCGAUCUUCUCGAAUUUCCUUUCAAGCCGAGUCGCAGCUCCGCUUGAUCCCCAGCGUAAUAAUUCUCUAUCCACCUCAGUCUCUCAGCCGAAUCUAUCUGGAGCUGGAGCUCCCGCGGAAGGAAACGGACCAACCCUUUCGCGUUACGUUCACAAAGAACCAACAGAGGUUAUCCUGCGAGGGUUCAAAGACACCCACCAAUAUGCGGCCAUCAGAGAAUACGAGCGUAUUGGAGGGAGGAUAUGCGAAGACUAUCCAAGAGAUCCGCCCUCGGAACAGAGGCGUUAUAAGUCAGAUCUAAGAGACCCAGCUUCACUGCGAACGCAACCCUUGACUGCAGAGGAAAAGGCGAAGGCAUUGAGUUGGGCGGGUGGAGCACACUGGAUUAAAGUCACAUUCGAAUCAGCAGAAGGAGCAGAAGCAGCGGUCGACGCAUCACCGCAAACGAUUCAAGGUUAUGUUGUGUCCGCAGAAUUAUACCGUGGAGUUCCACCCUCAUCCGAUGAAGCGAUUGAAGCAGGAUUUCAGCGUCCUCAAACACUGGGCUCAACGACAGGCAGAAAUUUCUUUAACGUUCAACCGCGACCAGCCUCAACCCUGCCGCGAUCCUAUACAACUCCAGCCAUGAGCCAAAUCGGACGGGGGAUUAACAAAAUAUCCCCUUCAGGCUCCAACUCCUCCUCACAAACCCUAGACACAACAACCCUCUCCACCGCAGGCGCAUCAACAGUAACUGUCUCAUCAGGCACCGUAAUAGGCCAAUCCACUUCCGUCGCUCCCAUAGCCCAAAACAGUUCCGCCGACGCAUACUGUCGAAUCAUUCCCACAGCCAAAAAAGCCCAACUCCUCCCCGCAGAACAAGCUCUCCUACCCCAGCAAUCCUACAGCAAGAGAGUCAUGGCUCAGAUCCCAUUUCUCAGCUGGUUCACGACUGACAUGAUAGGCUCUGCAGUGCCGCGGUUGGAGAACGGGGAAUUUGAUUAUCAGAGGGCGAGCUUGUAUUGGUGUUUGAUUUAUUGGUUGGAUUGGUUGCUUUUUGGGAUUUUUGAGGUGUGUGUGAAAUCUGAGUAG